UAAUCCAGUUCAAUACAUUCGGGAUCCAAGUUUCAAAGCAUACAUAGCCCUUUGUGUGAGCAAAGGGUGCAUCAAUUUCAGAAAGCUUUAAACUUCUCUCACAAUGAUUUUAUGGGUAAUCUGCCUAACAGCAUUAGUGUGGACUGCAACGAAAUGUGAGCCACCCGUGAACAGCUACCUACCUCCAUCUGGAUCUGGAUCGGGCUCCGGGCCCUCCUCUCAAUAUGAAGCACCGGGCUUCGGACAAAGAGGGCGAGGCCAGUCGGGCGGGCCUGGGUCGGGCUAUAGCGCACCUGGCUCAGGACAAUCUUUGUCUUCUGAAUAUGGCCCACCUGAUCGGGGUUCUGGCUUUUCAAGAGGCUCUGGCCGCGGUUUCGGACAAGGAAACACUCCCAGCUCUCAAUAUGGAACUCCCAACGGCCCUUCAGGUUUCGGUGACGGCCAAUCAGGUUUCGGCUCUAGCGGUCGCCCUCAAACGUCGUACGGAACACCAAACCAACAAGGUGGAGGUAGUCCCUUCGGUGGCCGUAACGGACAACGACCUGACAGUACAUACGGAACACCCUCAAGCGGUUUCCAGUCACCUGGUGAUUUUGGCUCUGAUGGUUUGUCUGGACCUGGCUCGUCUCGUCCGGGUGGUAGAGGACGUCAACCGCAACGCGGCUCGCCUUCCUCUUCCUAUGGAACCCCUGAUUUCGGUAAUGAUUUAGAUGGUACAAGUCAAAAUUAUCGUGGAUCAGGGGUAGAUGGUUCUAAUGAACCAGCCAAAUAUCAGUUCAGUUACGAGGUAGAUGACGCAGAAACGGGUACAAAGUUUGGUCACUCGGAGCAGAGGGACGGUGAUGUAGCGAUAGGGGAAUAUAAUGUGGUUCUGCCUGACGGUAGGAAACAAAUCGUUGAGUAUGAGGCUGAUCAAGAUGGAUAUAAGCCUCAGAUACGAUACGAGGGUGAUGCUUCUGGCUCCGGUUCUGGUUCUGGUUUCGGAGGCGGUCGUGGUGGCAGCCAAGGUUACCCACGAGGAGGUGCUAAUGCUGGAGCCAACGCUGGUGCCAAUGCCUUCGCUGGUGGUGACGCUGGUUACCCACAAUCAGGAUCUGCAGGAGGCUACCCACGAGGAUCAGGAUCUCAAGGAAGACCUGGAUUCGGAGGAUCAGGUCAAGAUGGACAAAGUGGUUACCCCGGCAGAGGAUUCCCAGGACAAGGUGGCUUUGGAUCUAGUGGUGAUGAAGGUUACCCCAGCGGUGGACCAAACGGCCCCAGAGGAUCUGGAUACUAAAUAACAAUAUGAUUGUAGCUCAACAAAUACCCACUUUAUGCUUUGUUAAUACGUAAUAAACAAUGAAACGAAA